GGGAAUGUACUUCCUUAUAAUACAUCCAUGAUGUGAGCCUUUGACCUGUAGUGAAACUCCGGCGGUGUCAGCACUUCUGAGCCCGAUAUAAACUGCCUCCUCCUGCCUUUCACCCUCUUCUGUGUGGAGACACAGUCUGCCAAACCGUGCACCAGAACCACCACUGCCUCCUCCAUCAUCAAAACAAAAUGAGCACCGCUGCUCAGCCUAUUUUCUCCAAGGGAGAGGACUGCAAGUCCUCCUGGCACGACGCUAGUGCCGGCUACAAUGAGACCGACACACACCUGGAGAUCAUGGGAAAACCCGUGAUGGAGCGCUGGGAGACCCCGUACAUGCACUCCCUGUCCACCGUUGCAGCCUCAAAAGGCGGUCGGGUUCUGGAGAUCGGUUUUGGAAUGGCCAUCGCCGCCACCAAGCUUGAGUCUUUCCCCAUCGAGGAGCACUGGAUCAUCGAGUGCAACGACGGUGUCUUUGCUAGACUAGAGAACUGGGCUAAGUCUCAGCCACAUAAGAUCGUCCCUCUGAAGGGCCUGUGGGAGGAGGUUGUUCCCACCCUGCCAGAUAACCACUUUGAUGGUAUCCUGUACGACACAUACCCUCUGUCAGAGGACACAUGGCACACUCACCAGUUUGACUUCAUCAAGGGUCACGCUCACAGGAUGCUGAAGCCCGGCGGCGUCCUCACCUACUGCAACCUGACCUCCUGGGGCGAGCUGCUCAAGACCAAAUACGACAACAUUGAGAAGAUGUUUGAGGAGACACAGGUGCCACAUCUGCUCCAAGCCGGCUUCAAGAGGGAGAAGAUUAGCACCACCACUAUGGACAUUGCACCACCCACCGAAUGCAAAUACUAUUCCUUCAAUAAGAUGAUCACUCCCACCAUCGUCAAGGAGUAAAGUCCGAAGACACUGCUGCAACUUGUUUUUUUUACCGUUAUGUGCCUUUUCACCUGAACCAACUGACCUCCACAUUGUCUGCUUCACUGUCAUUUAUUUCAAUAAACCAAAGUUAACAUCCCAA